AUGACCUCUCGACGACAAGCGGCAAGCUCGCGGCGCACUGCGGCGCCGCAGUCGACGUACAAGGAGAAGAUGAAGCUGGUCCGCCUGGAGCUGGUUCGCCACAAGGGCCUGAUCGCGACCACGUCCGUAGCGCUCUUCUGCUUCGCCAGCUACUUCCUCAUCGUGUCCGUCGUCAUGCUCUUCUUUCACGCCAAGGCGGCCGAGCCCAGUGACAGCUUGGCCGUGAGGAUGGGCUUCCACCCGAUCAACAUUGCCGUUACCCUCAUGGCCAUGGGCGUCGGUUGCGCCACUGUCUCCAUGGCGCUCGCCUUCUCCAUCGAGGAUAUCAACUGGGCCUGA